CUCCACAACAAGUUGGACAUCUAUCUCUACAACAAGUUGGGUAUUCACCACUACAGCAACUUUAGUCAACACCGUCAUGCUGCGACUGUUCACAGUUCUUCUGCUGGUCGCUGCUCUAGCCACUGGACAUGGAUUGUCCAUAGACAAGAGACAGGCGUCCAGCUCGGCCACCUUCUGUAACGUCAGAGACCUGAGCAUAGGUCAAGGGUCAAGCGUGACCGUGUCCAGCCCGAACUAUGGCCUUGGCAACUAUCUGGACAACACGGCGUGUAGGAUAACCUUCAGGACGGGGGUCGACCCCCUCAUCGUGGGGGUCAAUUUCACGAACAUCUUUUACCUGGAAGACAACCCCACCUGUGGCUUCGACUACCUGUGCAUCAACGGAGCCAAGUUCUGCGGCAGCUACGCCACUUCCAGAUACUUCGAGUUUCUGGUGCCGGCAGGCAAAAACUUCACGCAUGAGUUCCGGAGCGACGGCUCCGUCAAUGGACAAGGCUUCAGGUAUCUCCUGACGGCCAGACGCUACACAAACGGCACCGUCGUCAACACGCCAUCUGGCACGGGAGCAGGCGGCAGCAACGUGACCUUCACCUCCGUCAACGGCAGCAGCGUGUACGAGGACAAAUGCAACUACAGCCCUGAGACUUUCUUCAACGUCCAGCCGACCACCACCAACUACAACUACACCACCUACCCCAACUACAACUACACCACCUACCCCUACUACAAUUACACAACCUACCCCUAUUACAACUACACCACCUACCCCUACUACAACUACACCACUUACCCCUACUAUAACUACACCACUUACCCCUACUACAACUACACCACCUAUCCCUACUACUACCCCGACACCAGCUACAACUACUACACGACGGCGCCCUACUACCCCCAGCCCUGCAACACCAACUACCCCUACCUGGUCUUCCAGGCUGUCCAGUACCUGAGACAAGAGCUUGACAACAGGAACAACGCCCUGGAUCUGCUCAACCAGUUUCUGGCCAGAAACGGCUUUUAACCCUCCACAGACCAACAUGGCUAUUAACCCUACACACACCAACACGGCUUUUAACCCUCCACACACCAACACGGCUUUUAACCCUCCACACACCAACACGGCUUUUAACCCUCCACACACCAACACGGCUUUUAACCCUCCACACACCAACACGGCUUUUAACCCUCGAUCACGGCUCUUAAACUUAUCCCUUGGUAAAAUAUAGUCCUUAAACCAAUUUUGGAUAAAUCUCCCUAAAAAAUAAGAAUAAAAUAAAAUUGAAAAUGC